AUUGGAAUCAAAUCAAUUACCUAUUUAUUGUAAAUUAUAAAAAUAUCUGACUGGGGUGUUGACUGCUGAAUCUUAAAUCAUUAAAAUCAUAUAGAUGUGAAACCAUGUAAAAACGAAUUCCGUAUGUUUAGUUAAAUGACAAGAAUUAAGAAAAGAAAGUGUUGAGUUUUCCGAACAGGCCAAUUUGUAGAUACCUAUACUUUACGUAGGUAGGGUGUUGUAACAUUCCGAAGACAUCUCCUGAAUGCUCGAUCAGUCAGGAUUAUCAUGUUGAUAGAUGUAAUGUGUACAGAAAGAAUGGGGGACACUCAUUAAACUAAGUGAACACUGUAUUUAUUAGCAGACUAACCAAACAAAAUGAAUAAUUGUGGAAGUGGAGUGCCCAUCACAGUUGGAGCCUAUGACACUAAAAUAGCAGGCUUAUAUGACUUGCUGGAUACUCUUGGCUCGGGACAUUUUGCUGUUGUAAAAUUAGCACGGCAUGUCUUCACAGGUGAAAAAGUGGCUGUAAAAGUAAUCGAUAAAAGUAAAUUAGAUGAUGUAUCAAAAUCACAUUUAUUUCAAGAGGUUCGCUGUAUGAAAUUAGUUCAGCAUCCUAAUGUAGUAAGACUUUAUGAAGUUAUUGACACCCAGACUAAGCUGUAUUUGAUACUAGAACUAGGAGAUGGGGGUGAUUUAUAUGAUUAUAUUAUGAGACAUGAAUCUGGUCUCUCAGAAUCUCUUGCUCGUGAUUAUUUCAGGCAAAUAGUCCGUGCAAUCUCAUACUGUCACAGGUUACACGUUGUGCACCGAGACUUGAAACCUGAAAAUGUAGUAUUUUUUGAAAAAUUAGGAGUAGUAAAAUUGACUGAUUUUGGUUUUAGUAAUAAAUUCUGUCCAGGACAAAAACUAGAAACAUCAUGUGGAUCAUUGGCUUAUUCAGCCCCUGAAAUAUUGUUGGGCGAUUCCUAUGAUGCGCCUGCCGUUGAUGUGUGGUCUCUUGGAGUUAUAUUGUACAUGCUAGUGUGUGGGCAAGCUCCUUUUCAGGAAGCUAACGAUAGUGAAACAUUAACCAUGAUUAUGGAUUGUAAAUAUACCAUGCCAGCUCAUGUUUCUAAUUCAUGUAAAAGGCUUAUAGGAAGAAUGCUUGUAAGGGAACCAGAAAAGCGAGCAACAUUAGCAGAGAUUGCAUCUGAUCCCUGGAUUACAGCUGGUGAAGGUGUCACUAUAGAAGAUUUUGACACACCUUUGGUUGCAAAACAGGACCUGACUGAAGAAGAUCGGGCUGCUAUUCUGCAAAGAAUGGUUAAUGGUGCUAUUGCUACAAAAGAACAUAUUUUAGAAGAAUUGGAGAAGAAUGAAUAUAAUCACAUUACAGCUACUUAUUAUUUAUUAGCAGAACGAAAGCUUAGAUCUAAAAGACAAGAAGCUAGGCAGAGCGCAAGGCGGCCCGAAGUGUUGGGCGUGUCUCGCACGUCGCGGGGGCUGCUCGCGCCGCCGCAGCUGUCCGCCGCGCCGCGCACGCCGCAGGAUGUUCCUCCACGAUCGCGGAAAUGCAGCAUCGUGCGCGAAGAGGAAGACGACGAGGAAGGCGCGGUGGCGGCGCCCGCAGCGCGCUCGGCGGACGCGCGCCGCGGCUCGCGCUCCGAGGGCCGCCUGCACCUCGCCCGGCCCGCGCAGCUCGCUGACAACCUCACCAAGGUGAAUCUCGACGAAGGUGCGAGCGAUGUAACUAACGCAGCAACGCAAGCGGAGAGCGCGCGUCGUGCGCCGCCGGCCCCGGCGCCGGCCCGGCGGCAACGUAUUGAGUGCCGGCGGAGGCGCGCCCGGGCCGGAUCUUGCUCAUCCUCGGACCUGUCGGAUGACGAUUCCGAGAAGAAGAAGCGAGCCGGCGAGCAGACGCCGGCGCCGGGCGAGCGCGCGCGGCGCGACUCUCACGACGACUCCAGUGACAGCCAAGAGCGCGGUGCCGCGCGUCGGCCCGCGCCUCGCCCGCCGCCCCCUGCGCCCGCGCCCACUCACGGAGGAGGGUCGUCGAGCGGCAGCGGUGGCGGCGGCGGCGCUGCGGGGGACGCGCGCGGCGGCGGCGCGGGCAGCGCGGGCGGGCGCCGGCGCCGCGCCGCGCGCAAGGAGAGCCGCCUGCGGGAGUCGCGCUCACUUAACCGCAUUGCUGAGGUGGAGGAGGCGAGCGCGGCGCGCUGGGCGGGCGGCGGGCUGGUGGCGCUGUGCGGCCGCCCGCUGCUGCGCCUGCUGGCCGCUGCGCGCCCCGCGCCCUCCGCGCGCCGCCUGCACGGCCUGUGCUGACCGGUACCUGCUGUCCCAACGAUAAUAAACCCGAUCUUAAACCAUCAGGCUUUCCAAGCUCUUACUCAGAAAGGCGCGAGAGUUUCUGUGGGGUACCCGACGGAAACGAAGCUGUACUUUCGCGCUCACUCAUGUGUCUGUUAAGCUUAGCUUCAAAACUGGAAUUCCCUUUUUUGUAUUGAAUACGAAAUUUUCACCCCUAAACUUUUUACCAAAAACCUGUUGUCCCCCUAACCUCCGGCGUAACAACUAAAUACGACGUUACUUUCAUAAGUAGCCUUAAGGAAGCUCUAUAAUAUAUUUUUGGUUACUUCCGUUUUGUAAGUUUGAUAUACACAGGCAAAAACAACAACAGUUCAUCUCUAAAAACAACAUUUCAAAUCUAUGUAGGUGUCUUGUUGAUAAAUAUCAGCUAUACAUUUUUGAUUUUUCGUAACUGGUGUUUUCACGUAACUACAUUUCAAGAAAACUUUCUUAAUAUAAAAAGCAUAAUAUAAGGUCAUAAACGUAAAGAUAACGGAUUGGCUAAUGCUAAUUGCUAACAGACAAGUGUGAAUAGCUUCGUAUUAAAUGUUCUGCCACUGGAACAUCCGAUUAAAACCGGGCCCAACAGACGACAAGUGGGAACCGGCACUAAGACGACAUGUCUGUCUGAUGUCUAUUCCUAGAUGUGUAUAUAUUAAAUAUACCCUUACUGUCCCCUUAUAUCGCCAAAUAAAUUUAUUGGUAGGAUUUUAGAAAUAUUUUACCUACAUAUACAAUAAUACCUAUAAUAUUUCCGAAGCUUUCCAUUAAACAAGACAAAAGUUGAAAAUUGCGUGGGGCCACUUUAUAUUUGGUAAUAUUUUCUUGAUAGUUUAUCAAAUCAAAUUCAUAAUACUGUGCGUAUGAAAUAAACUUUAGGUCGACAGGGUUUCAAGAUUUGGUUCAUUGGUACCUAUCCUUGAUAAACCUACCUACGGCAAAUUCACUGUCUGCAAAUCAUAUGAGAACAAUUCGCCGACUGGCAAGUUUAAAUGAUUUCUGAUUAUGUUAUCUGUUUCUGUUACAGACAGAUAAAGAUUAAAAAGCUUUGGAUCAUAUUCCUGUUUUCUCAAUUUUCAAGUGAUUAAUGAUGUGCUUCUUGAUUCAAAAGAUUU